GCCAAUGUUCCAUCUCGGUGAAACUGGUUCAUCGGACGCCUAUGGCCACUCCUCUUCACCAAAAUUCGUCGCUGUUUAUCAACCCAUUUCCCAAAUUCGUUCCAGAAGAAGCUUCUUCACACUUCCGCUGAGAAAAUAAAGUGUGUAAACCAUGGGAGAUGCAAUUGAUUUGAGUGGGGAUGGAGGAGUCAUCAAGACCAUUGUGAGGAAGAGCAAGUCAGAUGCUGUGGCUCCAACAGAAGAUUUUCCGGUUGUUGAUGUACACUAUGAAGGUACGCUUGCUGAUACCGGUGAAGUAUUUGACACUACACAUGAAGACAACACUAUAUUCUCCUUUGAAAUUGGAAAGGGUAGUGUUAUCAAGGCUUGGGACAUUGCAGUGAAAACCAUGAAGGUCGGAGAAGUUGCAAAAAUAACGUGCAAGCCAGAUUAUGCAUAUGGUAGCGCGGGAUCUCCGCCUGAUAUCCCCCCAGACGCAACACUUGUUUUUGAAGUUGAGCUAGUUGCGUGUAGACCAAGGAAGGGCUCCACUACUGGAAGUGUUUCAGAGGAGAGGGCUAGGCUUGAGGAGCUGAAGAAGCAGAGAGAACUUGCUGCUGCUGUGAAAGAGGAGGAGAAGAAGAAAAGAGAAGAACAAAAAGCGGCAGCUGCAGCUCGUGUGCAAGCCAAGCUUGAUGCCAAGAAAGGUCAAGGAAAGGGUAAAGGGAAAGCAAAGUAAGGACUUCAAAGUUCAAACAUCUGCAUAAAUAUGUAUGAAGAUAUUCAAACAGAUGUGUCCAAAAUUCUGAGUCCUUUUCCUAAAUAAUUGUUGGCAUGAAGUGCUAGACUUCCAUAUUAUGCAAUAUAAGAUGUUUGGUAGAUUGCUAUGGAAUGAGUAGGCAAUAAUGUUUUUUCAUUGCAGUUAUAUUUUAAUUUGGGUUCUUUUG